GGAGAGAUCAGUGAGUACCGGUACGUACAUGCAUAUAUGCACGCGCACGCACACGUUACGGUAUAUCCUAAUCGCACGAUCUGAUUCACGCAUGAAUCCCGUUGCCCUCCACUUAGAAUUGCGUCGUCCGAUCCGUAAUUGCUGGCCCAUAUUUUGCUCAAAAUCUUGAGAAGACGCUAUCAUAUUGGAAUUUGAGGCGAGCUAGGGAUUAAGGGAAGAUGCCGAAGAAAAAGACAGGUGCUCGUAAGAAGGCUGAGAGACAGAAGCUUCGUCAAAAGGGAAUCAGGUCUGGAAUAGAAGCCAGGAGCGUCGUGGAAUGGCCUUGUAACUAUCUCAUGGAAUGCGACAGCUGUCAUAGAACACAGAAGAACAGAGCCUUCUGUUAUUUUUGUGCAACUCUACAAAAGCUUCCUAUAUGCGCACAUUGUGGUAAGAUGAAGUGUAUGAUGAAGACAGGUGACUGUGUUAUUAAGCAUGCAGGUCGAUUUACAACAGGCUUAGGUAUGGUGGGUGCAAUUUGUGAUCAUUGUGAAGCAUUUAUUUGUCAUGGAAGAAAGUGUUUAGCUGUUCAUGGAUGUGAAUGCCCACUUAUUGAUUCAGUAUGCUUGGAAUGUGAUCGAGGGGUGUGGGCACAUGGUGGGCGUGUCUUCCAGUGUGCAUACUGCAGAGGUCAUCUUUGUGAGGAUGACCAGUUUGAACAUCAAGCCAGCUGCCAACAACUCCAAUCAGAAAACUACAAAUGUGGCUCAUGUAAUAAACUAGGGCAAUAUUCUUGCUUGAAAUGUAAGAUCUGUUUCUGUGACGAUCAUGUUAGAAGAAAAGGUAUAAAGUAUGCUAGGAAUCAAGCAAUACCUUGCCCUAAGUGUGGCUACGAGACAAAGGAAACUAAGGAUCUUGCCAUGUCUAUUCGUAAAGUAGACUUUGGAAGGCAGCAAGCGAGACAUUCAGAUGACGAUGAUGAUGAUGAUGGAGGGGGCGGAGCUUCUGGGUACGCUGCGUACUGGGCCAAACUUGAAUCAGGAAAUGGAGCAGAUGAUAGUUACCCAGGUGCUAGCUAUAAUGAUGACGAUGAUGAUUAUGACUAUGAUGAUGAGGAUGAUGAAGAGGAAGAUGAUGAAGAAGACGAAGAAGAUGACGAUGAAGAUGAAAAGACGGUCACAGAUAGUGUAGACAGGUUAAAAGUCGAUAAUAACUCUUGAUAAGAACAUUUGAUUAGGUUUUAUAUAUAGUUAUGAACAAUUGGAAGAUACUAUUGUCCGGCUUUGCUAAUCUAGCCGUCCUUAAUCAGUCAACCUACCACAAGUCCUAGAUAGCUUCCCUCUUUUAUUAUGCUUUAUGCUUUAACCCUUAUUAAACUGGGGGGGACCCCCCUCAACAAAUUUUGUCACUACGCCGUCAAGUCUUGCGCAUCUUUUGAGACCAAAUUUGUGACGCCCGGGUACGCGGUUCCAAAAUUACGCAACGUUUUGUAAGUGCAUGUCGGACCAGAGAUUGCUCAAAAACCCAAUUCCGUGUAAAAAGUCAACCAAAAAUCAUAAAUAUAUGACUAUUUUUAGUUUUGUUGGUUUAAGUGGAUUUAUUUUAUGCUAUUUAUGAUCGCAAAAAGGUCCUCGACAAAGUUCAUCAGGAAAAACAAUAAAAAACAAAGGUUUGAAAAAACAAAGAAAUAUAUAAGAAUUUAAAUAACAAUAAAAUACAUAAGAAAUUAAUUAUAUUUUUGCUAUUUUUUAAAAGAUAUUUGUUAGAAAUGUAAUAAUUGAUACUCCCACCAAAAAUUAGCAUUCUACUUGCUAUAUAAAUUGAGUAAAAGGCAAAUACAUACACAAAAAACCAAAUUUAUGGCAAAUUUCAUAUGCUUAAUUGCAUAAUUAAUUAAUGAAAAAUAUUUAAAGAAAAUUUUUUGAAAAUUUUACUGUACACUCUUGUAGUUUAAAUCCAGCUCUAUGCGCUUGCAAAUUUUCGCGGCGAUUGCGCAAUCAACGGGUGAGAUCUGAGGGGGGGGGGGGUCAAAUUGACCCCCCCCCCCCCAGUAUUUACUGGUCUGAAAAAGCCCAGUUAAGAUAGGGUUAAAUUCGUUUGUCAUUCGGGGAUUUUAUGAUUCAUGAUAUUUUAUUUUCAUAUUGAAUUCUCGCUACCCCAAAUAGCGAUUUCGCCGAGAUCCGGGAAAAAUCCCUGUAACGCGCAUUGCAUUAUGGGAUAGCUUUUCGGUAUUACAACUUCCUGUUCGGAAGUCCAAUGCACUGUUUUGCCAUUCAGAUCAACAGUGCCGUCAUCUUCAACAACAGAACGUCGCUUUCGCUUGGAAGGUUCGUGAUCACAACCCUCUCUUUCACGAUACAGUUUAACAGCCUUUUCUGCUAAAGUCACUAAUUCUGCCCGACGCUUUCCAUUGCACGGUAUUCCUCUGUCAGUUAAGAUUUGUUUAAGUUCCGAAACUGAUUUUUUAUCCAUUUUGUGGUCGAUGAAAAAUUGAACGGAAUGAAUGCUGUAUUGUAUAUAUUUAGCGUCUAGUCGAAUACGAUCGUGAUGUCAGGCCGGUCGCUAAAUGCAAAAUUUUAAGAUAUUAAUUUUUUGUUUAAUUUCUCUAUAACCAAAUAAAAACAUGAAUAAAAAUUAUUUUCACGUGAAAUAUAUUUUUUAUUUUUAUUUAUGAUUCAAAUGGAAUCAAAACUGACCAAAUUAAAUAAAAAGUAUUAUAACCUGUACAUAUUACGCUGAUUGGCAUCGAUUUCAGCGUGGUGGAAAACUCAGUAUCGCGAACCUCGCGCGAGCAUGACUCUGAACCGGAAGUGGUGAUGACGACCCGACGGAGGGAAAAUUAUCUCGUCUCGCGCAUUAUGAGAUUUUUUUUCCUAUUUGGGGUAGCGAGAAUUCAGAAAAGCAUUAUUGAUGAUCCAUGAUUGAUAUUGAAAUUGUUCACAAAUAGUCUACAGAUAGCCUUCAAUGUCCACAUGCUUUGAAAUGAUUUCCAAUCACAUUACUUUUAUGUCUAUAUACAUGUAAAUGAGGACAAUUCAGAGUGCAAUGGAUCAGAGACAUUGGAGAGGAAGCAACUCCUAAUUUUUUUUCUUCAAAAUUGACUUUUUUUUUAUUUGGGAUAAUUUGUGUAUGCCUACAUGAUGCUGAAUGAAUUAGAAUAGCUUAGCCCCAAUAUCUGACAUACAGACAUUUCAAAACCAAGUAAAUACUCCAUCAUAAAACGAGGAUACAUUUUUGUCAUUUACUAAGAAACUCAUUCCACAGAGUUGCCACCUUUUGUCAUAGGACGGCAGUAUUUCUCUCACAUCACUCACAGAGCUGUUGCCAUUGGUCACUGUAUGUACUUUACUAUGCUAGUCCAUCUUGAAAAAAUGAACUGUAAAUUAAAGUCCUUCUUGAACAAAUGUUCUGUACAUUGUCAUUAUGUAAGUCAUGCUCUUUAUGUUAAUUUUAUACAAGCUGCAGUAGUGUGACUGCUACCCCUUGAAAUUAAGCUAUGCCAUUAGAAAUGGCAGCAAACUUACAUCGUGGCAGUAUCCGUACAUGUAAAUGUCUGAGCAUGAAAAUAUCAAUAUAAAGAAAUAUUAAAGGGGAAUCCAGCCUUGGCCAUAAAAUGUUUUGUUGGGAAGGAGAAAAAUAAAUUAAAUAGAAUGGUGAAAGUUUGAAAGAAAUCAGACAAGCAAUAAGAAAGUUAUAGCUGCUUUAAAAUUGGGAUCACUAAUAGUAUGUACAUUUCAAAUUGGCAACUGGGUAAGUAAAUUAUGACAAGGGGCAAGGACAACUUUCCCAUAGGCCAUGUACUUUAUUAUCAGGGAUUUGUGGUUUUCUCUCAAGUACCCAUUCCCCUGGGGCAGUAAUCUAAAUAUAACUCAGGUAGUAUAUUGUUUAAUGUCCUCAUGAAAGAAAAAUAUAAUUUGAAGUAAAACUUUUGGGAAAAAUGACAUUUUAGCCAUAAUAUGUAUUGGAGUACAUGGAAGAGUAGUCCUUGCCUUACAUCACUAUGACAUCCCAUAUGCGGCCAAUUUGAAGUCUCCAUGAGUAUAGUGAUUACUAAUAUUUACAACUUUUAAAAAUUCAUAACUUUCUGUUGUUUGUCCAAUAUUGUUCAAACUUUCACCUAUCAACUUGUCUGAUUUUUCUUUUUCUUAUAAAAACAAGUUUAUAUUUGGGUUGGAUUCCCCUUUAAGUUAUGAACUAGCUAACUCAAUAUAAAUACAUAUGCAUAUGACAUCUCUUUUUAUGUCAUUUGGCAGUUAUGAGAUGAGUUAAUGACAGAUGACACUCAUGACAGUAACAUACACAAAUAAAUGCAUCAUUCUAAUUUUUAA